AUGUUCUCCAUCUUUUACCUUUACUACAAAUUUCUUGCGUUCGUGAUCAGGCGGUUCAUCGCCCCCGAGAGAAACACGCAAGCUACGCCAGAUGACGUCUAUCAGAUUCCGUCACGCGAUUCAGGACGGACUAUCAAAGCCCACGUCUACCGAAAUGCAACUGCAUCUACAGGGCCGACCCCCGUGUUGAUCAACUUCCACGGCAGUGGGUUCAUGCUCCCUCGUCAUGGAGCCGACGAUGCAUUCUGUCGCCAGAUGAGUCGCGAAACCGACCGGACAGUCCUCGAUGUCCAAUACCGCCUAGCACCCGAGAAUCCCUUCCCCGCAGCUCUCAACGAUGCCGAGGAUGUGGCCAAGUGGGUUCUGGGACAGCCCGAGAAAUUCGAUCUUAGCCGUGUCUCUUUGUCGGGGUUCAGUGCGGGCGGUAACCUCUCCCUGGCUGCUGCGGCCAACCUGUUCUCGCCAGACACCUUCCACUCCGUUGUGGCGGUCUAUCCCGUGGUGGACCUGCAUACGGAUCCGGCGUUGAAGACCGCACCGGAUACUUCAGGCAGAGCAAUUCCCGCAGUCAUGUCGAAGAUUUUUGACAGGUGUUACACGCAUGGUGCAUAUGAUACCCGUGACCCGAGAAUCUCGCCGCUCUAUGCUAGUGCCGACCGCUUCCCUGCGCGGGUGAUGAUUGUCAGUGCGGCCUGCGACAACUUGGCGCCUGAGGCGGAGGCGCUGGCGGAGAAAAUUGCCAAGGAACCGGGGAAGGAGGUGGUGCGGCAGCGGAUGCAGAGCUGCAAUCACGGCUGGGAUAAAUCUGCUCGCCCGGGAACGGUGCAGGAGGAUGCAAGAGAGAAGACAUAUGCCAUGGCGGCAGCCAUGUUGUCGAGGUAG